UGGCGCUGUGCAUGGGGCCACGUGGUUGCCUUUUACGCGCUGUUGGGUUGAGGAAUUGCUGGAACAGAGGAGGCGAGAAUGGAGGAAUUCGUGAGGAAGCACAAGGAAUUGCUUUCCUUAGAGAGAGAGGCAGAGGUCGAGGAGACGAAGGUUGCACAGGAGACCCUGGGCAUCAAAGAGCUCGAGCGACGGGGCGUUCGCAUUGCGAAGUUGUCGGUUGAUUCUGUGAAGACAGGCCUGUAUGGGAGGACACUUGUCAAGUUUCAUCGAUCGCAUGGGAAACGCGACUCGGCCGUCCCCUUGCCUCCUCAUCAAAUAUCGCCAGGGGAUAUCGUGGGAGUUUACUCCAAUGAAGGGGCCCUGACAUGUUCAGGAGUGGUGAAUAAAGUGACUGAGGUUGCUGUUACUGUUGCCUUUGAUGAGCCUCCUGAUUCUCUUGAGGAUGCUGGUACCUGGAAUCUUCAGAAACUUGCAAACGAUGUCACAUACAGAAGGCUCAAAAGAGGUUUGGAAGACCUGUCUCGCAAUGAAUCCCAUCCAUUGGUGCAUCUUCUCUUUGAAGCCUCUGAAUUGCCUCCACCUGCUAACAGUCUUCCACCAACUCUUCUGGGUGAAGGAAAAACCUUGGAAUGGUAUAACCCUGGACUGAAUGCAGAGCAAAGAGAAGCAGUGGAAUUUAGCCUGAAGAGCACACGAUUGGCAGUGAUUCAUGGUCCACCAGGAACUGGAAAGACCACAACUGUCAUAGAGGUCAUCCUGCAAGCAGUCAAAGCUGGCCUCAAGGUCCUUGCAGCUGCUCCUUCCAAUGUUGCAGUGGAUAAUUUGGCCGAACGCCUGACUCCUCGCGUGCGGAAGUUGGUACGACUCGGCCACCCGGCACGAGUGACCAAGGGUGUGCAAGGUAUCUCCCUUGACUCCAUGCUUUCCAGAAGUGAAGACUUUGCCUUGGUCCAAGAUGUUAGACAAGAGAUGGAUGCCCUAACUCGCAAAGUAUUGAAAGCCAAGGAUCGAUUCCAGCGGCAGAAGUUGCAACGGGAACUGAAAACCCUCAAGAAGGAGUUCAAUGAACGAGAGAAGGAGGCAUUGAAGAGGCUGCUGAAGGGUGUUCAUGUUGUCCUUUCGACACUCACUACAGCUUCUGAUGAUGGUCCACUUAAGCAUGUACCUGAAGGUCACUUUGACGUUGUGGUCAUUGACGAGUGCUCCCAGGCAUUGGAGAUGGCUUGCUGGCUUGCACUCCUCAAAGCACCAAAGGUGAUUCUGGCUGGUGAUCAUCUGCAGCUCCCACCAACUAUCAUCUCUGACAAGGCAGCCAAGUUAGGAUUAGCUCAUACCCUCAUGGAACGUGUGAUCAACAAGUUUCAGGAAAAGGUUUAUUGCAUGCUGACGAUGCAGUAUCGCAUGAACUCACUCAUUAUGGACUGGGCUUCCACCAACCUUUAUGAGGGAAGACUUUGUGCUCAUCAGUCUGUUGCUGAACACCUCCUCAAGGAUCUCAAUGAGGUUGAAUCUAAUCCAGACACAGAGGCUGCCCUGGUGUUCAUUGACACAAGCAACUGUGACCUCCAUGAGCUGGAACUUCCUGAUGAGAUGUCACGAGGUAAUGAGGGUGAAGCUGACCUUGUGCUGGCUCACCUCAAGGCCUUGAUUCAAAGUGGGGUCAAGGCAAAGGAUAUUGCUGUGAUUGCACCAUACAAUCUCCAGGUUGAACUGAUACGAAUGCGGAUGGGGGAAGCAUAUCCAGGAUUGGAGGUGCGGACUGUGGAUGGAUUCCAGGGUCGGGAAAAAGAGGCAGUGAUACUAACAUUGGUUAGAAGCAAUCCUACUCAUACUGUUGGGUUCCUAGCAGAGAGGCGACGCAUAAAUGUUGCCGUUACGCGUGCGCGGCGGCAUCUGUGUGUCAUUGGAGAUGCAGAGACCAUAUCAAAUGAUCCUUUCAUGAAGGUAUUCAUUGAGUACCUUCAAGCUCAUGCAGAUAUUCGGCUGGCAUGGGAAUAUGAAGCAGAGCUCCAGACUGGGACGUGCUUGAGACCUUCAUACAUUGAUGGCAUCAAGGCCAAGGUGCCUGACAAGAAACCUAAGCAGAAGCCUCCAUCAAGCAAAAACCUGUCAAAAACAGAGAAACCAUUGAAGCCAGAGUUCGCCCCAAAGCAUCCUAGCACAGAAGAAAAAAACCAAGAGGAGAAGAAGAAGCUGGAAGAUGAGAUUUUGAAAACACUGACAUCCUUCAAGGUAUCAUCAGAUUGUGCAUAUAGUUUCCCAGCCAGUCUGUCAUCAUAUGAACGACGACUGGUCCAUGAGAUUGCUGAAAAGCUGGAUCUCAAUCAUGAGAGCCAAGGAGAAGGCCUUGAGCGAUUCAUCGAAGUCAGAAAGAUGAUACUAGAAGGUGGAAGGAUGGAGGGUGAACACCAGUCUCCUAGAACAGAAGCAACACAUGAACAGAGUGUACAGGAAAGCAAUGGGGCUGAAAGUGAUCCACAGCAGAAUGAGCAACUUGAUAUUAACAAUGAAACUGUGAUAUCUGGGGCCUCAAGUGACAGAUGUUGUGAAUUGUGUGGGAAGAAUAUUCCACAGCAGAAUUGGGACCUCCAUACCCUACACUGUCAUAAACACAAGAAGGCUGAAGCUACAAACCCUUUAAGUGAGGCUAAAAAGGUGGGGAAAAGGAAACAGAAGAAGCUGGUGAAGAAGGAAGAGCUCCCAGCCGACGACACCGACCUGGAUGCUGUGCUCAGUGCCUUUAUGCAAAUGGACAGUGUGUGCAACUUGAAUGGAUGCAAGCGAAACACUUCCAUGAUGGGUCAGCAGUGCAGUCACUGCCGACGGUGGUUCUGCUUCAGCCAUCACAUCCCCGAGGUGCACGGAUGCGGUGAUGCAGCACGGGCCGAAGCGAGGCGUACGGCCACCAAGGAAGCCAGCUCCCUGGCCAAGGAGAGACAAAGCACUGAAGCAGGAUUGAAGAAAGACAAGCCAUUGGACCCACGGCAAAGGGCCUACGUUCAGAAGAAGCUCAACCUCAAGUUGGAUGAAUAUUCCAAAAAGAGGCAGCCCAACAAGAAGCACUAAUAUUUUUAUCAAAAUUAUAUUUUGUGU